GGCAACUGCGACUGCUCACCACGGAAAAGCACAUUUGGAUGCCCAGAGUAUAGAUUGCUAUACUGCAGAAAUGCUACGAAAGUAGUCUAGCAGGACCCCUGUGCCAUUGGACCCUGUGGGAGGCACAUGUCAUCUGACAUUUGGCUGCUGAAGAAAAGAUGUGGAGUGGCCUGUUGCCUCCUGGCCUAAGUGAAAGUGAUGUUGAGUUGAAUUCUGAAGAUGAAGCCACCUUGGGGAACUCAGAACUUCAUUUACAAGAAGGUGAAGAGGCUGGGACCAGUAAGAAUCCAGAAAUCCCAGUAGAUGGGCUAAAAGCUGAAACAGAGACCAGUACAAAUGCAUAUGAAAAGUGUCCUUCUGGAAUCUCCUUAGAAAUGUGGAAUAAAUUUCAAGAGUUACAUAAAAAGCAUUCUGAACAGAAAACAUCAAUGCCAAGAUUCAGAGGGAAAAAAAGGAAACGCUCCAGAAAAGAUAAAUUGAAGAAUGAAAAAGAUUCUCAAGGGGAGAAGCCCUCAAAUGAAACCCAGUGGAAGGAACUUACUCAGUAUUUUGGAGCUAAUGAUAGAUUUGAACCCCCUGUUAAACAGAAAAAAGUUGACAAGUCAGGGCUUGAAAAAAGGAUAGACCAAGCUGUGGAUGAGUGGGAUGUUGAGAAAGCGGAAGAACUCAGCAACCAGCUGGCGACUCGAGAGCUUGGUGUGAAAAUUGCCAAAGCAAUUGCCUGCCACAAGUUUGUUAAAGCCAAAAAGGAGGCUGAAAACUCACAGGCUGCUCGAAAAAAGAAGAAACUGGCAUGGGGGUUUGAAGCAAAGAAGAGAUGGGAAACCAAAAGCAACAUGGGAUAUAUGUAACAUUGCAGAGUCUCUCAAGACAUUUGUAGAUUGGUGUGCUUACUCUACAGAAGAUUGUCCUCCUUAGGUCAACUAUGUCAGGAAACUGACAAAAGUAGAAAAAAACAAGCUUGAAACUUGGGAAUUGAUUAUGAACUUUUUUUAGUCUUUUUCUACAAAAUUGUCCUAUUGGAGAGAAGGAAAUGAAUAUUUUGCUAUUUGUGUAAGGAAUUUUAAGCAUCAAUACAGGGGGAGAAAAAAGAUAGGAUUUUAUUUAUUUGUAAAUACCCAUAGUAUAAAACCAGUUUGGCUUUUCAUCGGUUUGGUACAGCAUAGCCUGAGAGGACCUUGUACUGCCUCAUCUGUUCUUGGCAUGACUGUAUGUUUUCUGGAAUUGUGUUCAGAUUGGCUUUGUUUAUAAUGGAUUAGUCAUAAAUACAAAAAUUCUCAAUUGUUAAUUCCUUUUCCAAAUGACUUUAAUUACCUUAAUGGUUUAAAAAUAAUUAUUGGUUCUUUAUUGGAGGCAAUAGGAUUCAUAUUUCGUAGUCAUACAGUAAAAGUAGUGAAUUAAUUUUUGUACUUCAGAUGAGUAAUUAUAAUAAAGGGGACAAAAUGUA